UUAAAUAGGUAGGUAGUGCAGCUGCUUAUUUACAGACAGGAAUGUUUUCAGCUUGGCAUUAUGCUGUUCUUUUGGCUUCCUCGGUUCUUAUCAUCACAUGGCUCAACCUAAGCAACGAUGUUUACGAUUUCGAUACAGGAGCUGAUAAAGAUAAGAAAGAAUCAGUUGUAAAUCUGGUGGGCAGCCGUACAGGCACUCUUGUUGCUGCCUACUUGUUACUUGCUCUUGGCUUUUUGGGGCUUGCUUGGGUAUCUUUUGAGGCAGGAAAUAUGCGUGCAAUAUUAUUACUCGCUUGUGCAAUCAUGUGUGGUUAUAUAUAUCAGUGUCCACCAUUUCGGUUAAGUUACCAAGGAUUGGGAGAGCCGUUGUGCUUUGCAGCAUUUGGUCCAUUCGCUACUACAGCUUUUUAUUUAUUGCAGGGAAGCACAAGGGAAAUGAUCCAUCUUCCCUUUACUGGUUCAAUUCUUUCUGCAUCAGUCCUUAUUGGCAUAACAACAGCCUUAAUCCUGUUCUGUAGUCACUUUCAUCAGAUUGAAGGAGACAGGGCUGUAGGAAAAAUGUCCCCUCUGGUUAGGCUUGGCACGAAAAGAGGAUUAGUGGUAGUGAAGUUGGCAAUUAUAGGACUCUAUGUUCUCACUUUCACCUUUGGUCUAAGCAGCGCUCUCCCUUUUACUUGUAUUUUUCUAUGUGCCCUGACCUUGCCAAUUGCAAGACUGGUGGUCAGCUAUGUUGAAGAAAACCACAAUGACAAACAUAAAAUAUUCAUGGCAAAGUAUUACUGUGUGAGGUUGCAUUCUUUAUUUGGAGCUGCAUUGGCUGCUGGACUCGUGUUACCGAGAAUGGUCCCUAAAAUAAAUAUCGCAAGGUUGGGAUUCUCAUAGAGUGUUUCAAUUUCUCUGAAUGUGUAGACGUAGGGACGAUAUGCCAAGUUUUUUGGCUUCAGAGACAGAGUUAUGGCUCUAGGCAAUAUGCCUGUAUUGUAUGCACAUCUUUUUUUUUCAAGUUUCCCAUGCUAUAGAAGAAACUGUGGCAAUGGCAGCAGCAAACACUGAAAACACACUGGAUAAAAUUAUGCACCUUGGUUCCAUAUUAAAAUAUUUCCCUCCUGAAA